GAGCACUGUGUGUGUGUGGGAAUACCAACGAAGAAGAAAAAGAAGAGCCUCUGCCUUGACGCUGCACGCUUAUUUCACCAGUUUGCUCUUUUGCGAGUAAAGCCUCAUUUUUCACACCAUGGUGUUAAACCUCAUCAUCAACGCGAGCAAUCCGCCAUUAGGAGCUCUGCUGACUGCCGAGCACGUGAAAGGAAGCGUGCAGCUGUCCGUGGAGGAAGGCAAAGACAAUCGCCUCCAUGUGUCAGACGCCAUCCAGUUCAACGAUGCCAACUCCAUCAGCCGCUACCUGGCACGGGUGGCACCUGCCCUGGGCCUCUAUGGAGCCAACCUGAUGGAGCAGACUGAGGUGGACCACUGGCUGGAGUUCAGCGCUCGCCGCCUGUGCGCCCAGUCGGACUUUGUGGCGGCCCUGGGCGAGCUGAACAAGGCCCUGUCGCUCAGAACCUUCCUGGUGGGACACACCCUCACCCUGGCCGACCUGUCCGUGUGGGCCGCCCUCCAAGGCCACGGAGACUGGUCCGACCAGAACAGAACCUUCAGCCACGUCGGUCGCUGGUUCGACUUCCUGAGCUCGCAGGUUCCUUUCACUGCCUUGGACAACAAAUACACCAGCAAGAAAGCUCCGCCCACCAAGUCCAAUUCGGAGGUAAAGGAGAAAAAGGCAGACCUCGGAAAGUUUGUGGAGUUGCCCGGCGCCGAGAUGGGCAAGGUGGUGGUUCGAUUCCCGCCCGAAGCCAGCGGGUAUCUGCACAUAGGUCACGCCAAGGCCGCCCUGCUCAACCAGCACUACCAGGUCACCUUCAAAGGCAAGCUCAUCAUGCGCUUUGACGACACUAACCCCGAGAAGGAGAAGGAGGACUUUGAAAAGGUGAUCCUGGAGGACAUUGCCAUGUUGCAGAUCCAACCGGACCAGUUCACAUACACCAGCGACCAUUUCGACGUCAUCAUGCAGCUGGCCGAGCAGCUGCUCCGAGACGGCAAGGCCUACAUCGACGACACGCCCCCCGAGCAGAUGAAGCAGGAGCGGGAGCAGCGCGUGGAGUCCAAGCACAGGAACAACUCCGUGGAGCAGAACAUGAAGAUGUGGUCGGAGAUGAAAGCCGGCAGCGUGCAGGGCCAGACGUGCUGCAUGAGGGCCAAGAUCGACAUGACCUCCAACAACGGCUGCCUGAGGGACCCCACCUUGUACCGCUGCAAGAACACCCCCCACCCCCGCACAGGAACCGCAUACAAAGUCUACCCCACGUACGACUUCGCCUGCCCCAUCGUGGACAGCCGGGAGAACGUCACGCACGCCCUCAGGACCACCGAGUACCACGACCGCGACGAGCAGUACUACUGGAUCAUCGACGCCCUGGGCAUCAGGAAGCCGUACAUCUGGGAGUACGCCCGACUCAACCUCAACAACACGGUGCUGUCCAAGAGGAAGCUCACCUGGUUUGUGGAGGAAGGCUACGUGGACGGAUGGGACGACCCUCGCUUCCCCACUGUCAGAGGUGUCCUGCGGAGAGGCAUGACCGUGGAGGGACUCAAGCAGUUCAUAGCAGCGCAGGGAGGUUCGAGAUCUGUGGUGAACAUGGAGUGGGACAAGGUUUGGGCCUUCAAUAAAAAGGUGAUUGACCCAGUCGCCCCCAGAUACACGGCUCUGUCCAGCUCCUAUGUGGUCCCGGUUUCUGUCCCGGAAGCGACAGAGGAGAUGAAGGAAGUGGCCAAACAUCCCAAGAACGCCGAAGUGGGUAUGAAGCAGGUUUGGUACGGCCCCCGGGUCCUGGUGGAGGGAGCGGACGCCGAGACGUUCUCAGUGGGCGAGGUGGUCACCUUCAUCAACUGGGGCAACCUCAUCAUCACCAAGAUCAAUAAAGGGGCCGACGGCAAGGUUCUGUCAAUGGACGCUCGCCUGGACCUGGACAACAAAGACUACAAGAAGACCACCAAGAUCACCUGGCUGGCGGAGUCGAACAACGCCCCCUUGCUGCCCACCGUCUGCAUCAACUACCAGCCGCUCAUCACCAAGGCCGUCAUCACCAAGGACGACAACUUUAAAGACUACAUCAACAAGGAGAGCAAGGUGGAGGAGAAGAUGCUGGGCGACCCCUGUCUGAAGAACCUGAAGAAAGGCGACCUCAUUCAGCUUCAGAGGCGGGGCUUCUACAUCUGUGACCAACCCUACGAGCCGGUCAGUCCUCACAGCUGUAAGGAGAGUCCGUGCGUCCUGAUCUAUAUUCCCGAUGGUCACACCAAGGACAUGCCCACCGCUGGCUCCAAGGACAAGGACAAGGACAAGGACAAGAGCAAGAGCCAAGCACCAGCCAACACACCCGCCAUCGCUGCCAAAGCGGCCCCAGCUUCCACCCCGGCGCCCACCGUGGCCUCCUCACCCAGCGACGUCUUCUCCAGCAUCGUCGCUCAGGGCGACGCUGUCCGCCAGCUGAAGACAGCCAAAGCGCCAAAAGAGGACGUGGACAAGGCAAUCCAGAAGCUUCUGUCUUUGAAGGCUCAGUUUAAGGAGCAGACGGGUUUGGACUACAAACCAGGUAUGGCUCCGCCCACCAGCCUCCCAGCCUCAGCAGCCCAGUCCGGAGACUCCGCCCCUUCCCUAUACACGCGCGUCGCUCAGCAGGGCGAGCUGGUCAGGAAGCUGAAGGCCGAGCAAGCCUCAAAGGACCGAAUCGAUGCGGCGGUCAAGCAGCUCCUGGCGCUCAAGGCGGACUUUAAAAAGACGACGGGUCUGGAUUACAAACCUGGGAUGGCCCCGCCUACUCCCACUGCUCCUUCCUCUUCCUCCUCCUCCCCGUCCUCCUCCUCCUCCUCUCCUGCUUCGUCCGGCUUGCACAAGCGCGUGGCACAACAGGGAGAGGUUGUGCGCAAACUGAAGUCGCAAAAAGCCCCCAAGGAUCAGGUGGAAGCGGCGGUGAAGCAGCUGCUCUCGCUGAAGGCUGAGUUCAAACAGGCCACCGGUGAAGACUACAAACCCGGAGCGGCGCCUCCGGUCCAGAAAGCGGCGGCUCCCAUCCAGAGCGCCCCCGCUUCUGCCGCUGGCCUCUUUGAUAGAGUGGCUGAGCAGGGAGAAACGGUCCGGAAACUGAAGGCCGACAAGGCCCCUAAGGACCAAGUGGACCAAGCCGUGAAAACCUUGCUGGAGCUGAAGGGCGAGUACAAGACGCUGACCGGGCAGGAGUACAAACCGGUGGCGGCCGCCGGAGGCGAGGACAAGAACCGCAAGGAGAGGGAGAACAAGUCCGAGAAGCAGGGCGGCGGUGGAGCAGCGGGUGGAGCGGCAGGAGGAGCGAAGAAGGGCAAAGGAGACAAGGCCAGUCAGGGCAAGGAUCCUUCCAGAGGGGAUGGAGGCGCGGGGGACGGCCAAGGACCGAAGAAGCAGACACGGUUGGGUCUGGAAGCGAAGAAAGAGGAGAACCUGGCAGACUGGUACUCUCAGGUGAUCACCAAAGCGGAGAUGAUCGAGUACUACGACGUGAGCGGCUGCUACGUCCUGCGGCCCUGGUCCUUCGCCAUUUGGGAGUCCAUUAAAGAAUUCUUUGACCGGGAGAUCAAGAAGCUGGGCGUGGAGAACUGCUACUUCCCCAUGUUUGUCUCUCAGGCUGCUCUGGAGAAGGAGAAAAGCCACAUUGCGGACUUUGCUCCAGAGGUUGCUUGGGUAACCCGAUCGGGGAAGACCGAGCUGGCAGAGCCCAUUGCGGUCAGACCCACCAGUGAGACAGUGAUGUACCCGGCCUACGCCAAAUGGGUCCAGUCCCACAGAGACCUGCCAAUCAAGCUCAACCAGUGGUGCAACGUCGUGAGAUGGGAGUUCAAGCACCCUCAGCCCUUCCUGAGGACACGAGAGUUCCUGUGGCAGGAAGGACACACGGCCUUCGCUACCAAAGAGGAGGCGACGGAGGAGGUACUUCAGAUCCUGGACUUGUACGCCAGAGUGUACGAGGAGCUGAUGGCCAUCCCGGUGGUGAAGGGAAGGAAGACUGAGAAGGAGAAGUUCGCCGGAGGGGAUUACACCACCACCGUGGAGGCCUUCAUCUCUGCCAGCGGCCGAGCCAUCCAGGGUGCCACGUCCCACCAUCUGGGGCAGAACUUCUCCAAGAUGUUCGAGAUCAUGUUUGAGGAUCCAAAGAAGCCCGGCGAGAAGCAGCUGGCCUUCCAGAACUCAUGGGGCCUCACCACCAGGACCAUCGGUGUCCUGACCAUGGUCCACGGAGACAACAUGGGCCUGGUCCUUCCGCCCAGAGUGGCCUGCCUGCAGGUCGUCAUCAUACCAUGCGGCAUCUCGGUGUCUCUGCCGGAGCAGGACAAGGAGGCGCUGAUGAACCAGUGCUCCAAAUACGUCGCCCGGCUGCUGGCCGCCGGCAUCCGAGUGAAGACCGACGUCCGAGACAACUACUCGCCGGGAUGGAAGUUCAACCACUGGGAGCUGAAGGGCGUUCCCAUCCGACUGGAGGUGGGCCCCAAGGACAUGCAGCAGCGCCAGUGUGUGGCGGUGAGGAGGGACACGGGCGAGAAGACCACCAUUCCCGACGCCGAGGUGGAGAAAAAGCUGACCGCCAUGCUGGAGGACAUUCAGAGCUGCUUGUUCAAGAAAGCGUCCAACGACCUGCACAGUCACAUGGUGGUGGCCGACACCAUGGAACAAUUCCAGAAGGACUUGGACUCUGGCAAGAUCGUCCAGAUCCCCUUCUGUGGCGGCAUGGAGUGCGAGGACUGGAUCAAGAAAACCACUGCCAAGGACCAGGACCUGGAGCCCGGCGCACCUUCCAUGGGAGCCAAGAGCUUGUGUAUUCCCUUCUCGCCCCUGAAGACGCUGCAGCCAGGUCAGAUGUGUGUGAGCGGCAAGGAGGCAGCACAGUACUACACCAUGUUUGGACGCAGCUACUGACCACCUCACCCUUUUUUCUAUCCAAGGCCGCUUAUAUAUAUAUAUAUAUAUAUAUAUAUAUAUAUAUUCUUUUUUUUUUUUUAUCAUGGGACGAGGGGGUGGGAGAAACAUUUAACCUCAGUGGUGUGUGAGAAAUCAGUAUUUUUUCUCCGCGGAUCCGCCUUAACUGGAUGAAAGUAGCCUGUAGUGAUGAAUACAAAAGGUCGAUCAUGUGAAGGCCAGGCUAGGAUUGGAGUCCGCCUCUCAGGUACUCCGACAUGAAGGUUGGAUGUUUGGUCAUCCAGCCUCCUCUUGCAUCCAAUCAUGGCCCGACACUUUAAAGUGAACACCGUUUAAACACCACCUGUCUGGAAUAAAGUUAGCUCUGUUUCAA